AAGUGGACGGCUGACAUGACAUUCCAAAUCACUUCCACGCGCUACGUAAUCUGACUAGACAACAAGCUAGCUACUUCAUGAGAGCGAGCUCGGAGAGCUCGUGUCGCACCGAGAACUUCGGAGGUACUUGCGGAGAUGGUGUCCUCAGUACACGUACAGUACCUGCCUCCUGCGUGGCUCGCAGAACUAGCAGGCACAGAUCUCCCACCCCACCGCAAGCUCCUCACCAACCUUCCGAUGAUCUCAAGUAUUUAACAGCUUGCUCCCGACCUUCCCCCUCCCGCCAUCUUCCCAGACAUCUCGAUCUCUCCAACAUCUUCACGAACUCUGCCUUCCAACGAUUCUUGACCCAUCCAAGAUACCCACGCGUUAAGCGAUUCGACAUCAUAGAACAAACCCGAAGAUGCCUCUCACCGGUCACUGUCUCUGCAAGGCCGUCACCUACACGGCCGACGUGGAUGCCCCUCUUCUUACCGGCUAUGACCACUGCGACGACUGCCAGCGCCAAUCGGGCUCGACCUACUCUCUUGUUGUCGUGGUUCCCAAGGACAAGCUCGAGGUCAAGGGCCCCCUCAAGAAGUGGGAGGGCAAGGGCAGCUCUGGCAAGUCGGUGUGGCGCUGGUUCUGCCAGGAGUGCGGCUCGCCCAUCGCCCACGACCCCGACGCCGCCCCCGAGAUCAUUGCCCUCAAGGGUGGUACCCUGGACAGCGAGAUCAAGAAGACCCUGAAGCCGACCCAAGAAAUCUGGGCCGUCGGCAAGCUGCCGUUCUGCCAGGAGAAGCUGGAGAACGUCGCCGAGUACAUGCCGUGAGGUAAUGAUUCCAAAGAGGGUUCCGGCGUUGGAAAGGAUUGUACGGUGACGUCUUAUAAUUUGGGGCGGGAGCAUCUGAUGACUGUGCUUAGGGUGUUAUGACUGGGCAGAGGUUUUGUUUGAGGCCGUAAAUCGCCGGAUGUUAUGGCGAGAAGAGAACAAAUCCACAGAUCUGGGCUGUACUGUAGGUUAAUUCCAGUGGCCGUGUA